UUCACUCCUCUAUCUUACACCUGGGGCGAGCCAGCACAAACUAAACGCAUCUAUAUAAACGGCGCGCAUUUACCAGUGACGGCGCAACUCCACAGGGCAAUGACAUGUUUGCGCAAGCUGCAGAGUAAUCUGAUCAAGAAAGACUUCUUCUCAGAGUCAUCAAAUUCAAGCGAGACCUUUUGGUGGAUUGAUGCUAUAUGUGUCAACCAGCAAGACCUUGACGAGCGCAGCCAUCAAGUCUCUCUUAUGACUCGCUUGUAUCGCAGCGCGGAGCUGGUCCACGUGUGGCUGGGCGACGAAGAUGACACCACAACGAAAGCGAUGCGUCUCGUGCAUCAUGUUGCGUACCGACCCACGAGCUAUGAGGAUAUCCUCUCAUGGAAGUACAUCAGAAAGCCUGGUCAGACACAUCGCCCAGCGGGACCUGAGAUUGCAUUGCCAUCCGCUGUGAUGAUUAAUUGCGGAAGUCAGCAGUGCACUUGGGAAGAGUUGAUGAGGACGGCGAGUACGCUAAGCUUUUUCUCUGACGAUCUUGCUAUAGAAAGUGCACAGGCAGGUAAAGCGUUGGCACAUUCGCCGACCGUAUCUUGUUUCCAAAACGCAAUGGCGCUUGACGAAGUGCGAGCCGCGACAGCGCGAGGUCAGAAAUAUAUUGCAUUUACAGAUCUAGCCUGUCAUACCAGAGACUGUCUCGCCACCGACGCCAGGGAUAAAGUGUAUGCUAUGCUCCCCAUGACCAAUCCGGACGAGAUACCCACGAAGGCCGACUAUCGGAUUGAUAAAUUCGAAGCAUAUGUAGCAGUCCUCCUUCCACUGUUCUCUUCGGAUUUGAAUUUCUUAGCUGCGUGCCAGAACGAAGAGAUGCCUCUCGACAGGCCAUCAUGGAUCCCCGACUUCAACCAACCCUGGAUCGCGCACCCAAUCUGGCCAUUCUUGAGCCCCCAAUGCAGUCUUCGAAAGCAUGAUUUCCGAGCAGGCGUACCCAUCAUCGAGCAUUUCGCCACCUCCCGCUCACUGGCCGUUCAUGGCGUGGUCCUGGAUGAAAUAGAUCGCAUAGACACAGCAUACGUGCAACACAACAACGCCGACCAUAGCACACUUCGCAAUCUCAUUGAUACGUGGUGGACCUUCUCUCAUGAUCGGAGGAGAGAGCUGCUCGAUGAGACCGAUCUCACCGGCGUGGAUUGGCGAUCAAUCUUGUUCAUCAAUUCCUGCUACGAUGAAGAUGUCUUCAAGAAGAGUCUCUGUCUGAAUCCGCAAUGGGAUACUUCGGCGCGUGGUCCAGAGGCGAGGGAGAGCCGCUAUACGCCGAUGAAAGACCGCGCGUUGAAGGACGAUCCGACGUUCCAGCGUGUUCGAGAUACUCUACUCGGGAUCGAAGAUGACUCAGGUGUCACUGAGUUGAUGGUCAACGAAGACGUAUCUCUGAGUGAACCCAAAGGUCUGGGCCAUUUCCGUCGCAUGGCUAUUGGAAGGAGGGCGGCCAUGACAACACAAGGGUUGACUUGCUUAAUACCUGAGUAUGCGCAAUUGGGGGACAGCGUGGCGUGGUUCAAGGGCUCAACAGAAACAUACGUUCUUCGACCACAAGGAGAGAGUGGAUGGAGUAUCGUAGGCUCAACUUGUAAGUUU